UUGAGUUAUCGCGGGAAAAAAUGAACUAAUAUUUUAUUAACGUUUUAGAAAAGAAUCAAUUUUAAAACAGUCUGUUAAUGUAUCUGAAAUUGGCUCUAUUAUCAACUUUUACCAUAGUCAUUGUUCACUGAAUCUUUUUAGUUUCAUAAAAAAUUGAACAUGGACUAUUUAGAUGAACAAGAAGACAAAGGUCACGCAAUAGAAUUUAUCGACAGACUUAAACAGGAGAAAACCAAGAUCUUAUUAACAGACUAGAAAAAUUACGUAACCAAAAGUUUGAAGUGGGGCAACGUAAUGAGGUGAUAUCAGAAGAGCAGAGAAAUGUUUCUGAUUGUAAAGUUAUUCUAGACAUGUACCGUUUACAUGGUGUAUGUAUCAAGUCGAUGGGUCCAGAUUUGGUUCUCAGGUUUGACCCUCUUUACAAGAACCAGUAUCCAACCACAGAACAUUAUAGUGUGCAACUGUUGAGAAAGGGGGAGAACUAUAAACUUGGAAAACACAAUUUACCUCCCUUUAUUCCAGCCAGUCAACUGUUGGAAAAAUAUAUAGGAAAUGGAAUUAAAGAGUUUGUUGAGGAGGUUAGAAAGCUACUGUAUGCGUACAUUCAGAGGAGAGAAGGUCUUAAAGAGGCAAAGAAAACAUAUGAGAACAAUUUCCAUGAUGAAGUUGAAGCUGAUAUUGCUGUGUCAUAUUUAAAAUUUAAACUAUGGACUUCAGAGAAUUUUCCACCAAUGGAAGUCACAAUGCAGUAUAGUUUAGAAAAAUGUUUACCUGACACUUUAGAAAUGAGUCCUGCAGGAACUGAUGAAGAAACUUACAGCAUGUCAAGAAAAACAUUGGAACAGAGACUUAAAGUAAUGAGACAGAUUUUAUUGAACAAUGAUAUUUUUACUGCCCUUUCACAGAUUGUACAGAAAUACUCUUGAUCUUGUAGUUCUGAACUACCAUGAAAUUGAUAAGUGCAUUCUGGGAAGUAAGGUGAUGUCUUGAUCAUUUAUGUUGUCAAGGCAACCAGAACUUACAGUUGUGACAAGUACAUUUAUUGUGAAUGUUGAUUUUUAGAAGUAAUUAUAUGAAGACAACAUCAAAUUAUUUAAAGAGAAGUUGUUAAAGUAUCUUGACUUUUAAUGUUAAUUUUAACAAAGUUAGAAGGUCAGAAAAUCAAGGGUAGAAUAAUAGAUUUCUACACGUAUUUGCUAAAACAGCCUUCACUUUUUUUGACUGAUGUUGUUUCAUAUUUGAAAGGAUGAUAACUUGCAUCCUUUAGAUUGAGUUAGUGGUCUGUUUGGUCAAGGUUCAAGGUAAAGUCUUCCAUUUAUAUAUAUUUGAUAAAGUUGAAUAUUUUUCAACUUCAUCACAAGUCAUAGCAGUCACUUGCCAACUUAUAUUCUUCCAAUAACAAAAUGUCAUUGCUCUGUUAAGUUAUGCAGCUGUGUUUACAGUUAUUUUGGCAUGUUUCCUGUCCAUAACUGAGUGAAUGGAUGAAUCUUUUUGGAAAAAUUGUUACUGAUAAGAAUCUGUGACGGGGGCAUUUGGGUUUAAUAAACGGGUUCUUGUUUUAUUUUUAGCUUGUCUGUUUCAAAAAUGCAGUGAUUUAGUAUUUUGAAUGGAAGUCAAAAUACUGUGUUCACAGUUUGCUAUAAUUAUGACAUAUAAAAGAUAAGCAUAAAAAAUGCUCUAAAACCAUUAUUUAAACAUAUUAUAUAUAGUGUUCUUUCUCCAUCCCCCCCCCC